AACCAUUUUAUUUUAAAUUCUAAAAAUAAUUAUUUCCCGUUUUUUAUUUUUCUUCCUUUAUACCCUCCUUAUUCUCCCCCUAUCGUCCUCCUGAGUUUCUCUGCGCCAAAGACUAAGGGUAACUGUAGCAUAUUACAUGCUACUUUGUAUCAAAUCUAGCAAGCUCAAUCAAAAGGAAAAAGUGGAGGAAUUAAAUUCUUGGACCGAUUUCGAAUGGAAGGAGGAGGUGGGGGAGAUUCCGCUUUGGGAUGGGAGUAAGAACAAAAUAAGAGAGAUGACAUGGUGCAAUAUUGAAUCCGAGGACAACAGAGCCAUACAGUUAGUUACAGCAGCUGCAGCUGCCACAGUUAAAGAAACUGCGGAUGAAAUUGGAACGAUUACUUGCCCUUCUUGUGGGUACAGUAUACCCUACCAAGAUCAGACUGGAAUUAUUCAUGAUCUGCCGGGGUUACCGGCGGGAGUGAAGUUUGAUCCGACCGACCAAGAAAUUCUGGAACACUUAGAGGCGAAGAUAAUGUCAGACAUCCGGAAGCUUCAUCCUUUAAUUGAUGAAUUCAUUCCAACACUGGAGGGGGAGAAUGGGAUUUGCUACACUCAUCCAGAGAGGCUACCAGGAGUAAGCAAAGACGGUCAAAUUCGACACUUUUUCCAUCGACCUUCAAAAGCAUACACAACCGGAACAAGAAAGAGAAGAAAAGUACACACAGAUGAAGAUGGAAGCGAAACAAGGUGGCACAAAACAGGCAAGACUAGAGCUGUCUUGGUUGGAGGGACCGUGAAGGGAUUCAAGAAAAUCCUUGUACUCUACACCAACUACGGACGCAAAAGAAAGCCAGAGAAAACUAACUGGGUGAUGCACCAAUAUCAUCUAGGCAAUAAUGAGGAGGAGAAAGAUGGUGAAUUGGUCGCCUCCAAAGUGUUCUACCAGACUCAACCGCGACAAUGUGGCUCCAGCAUUAAAGAUUCAAUCGGGAAGAAGUUGAAGGGUGGGCAUGCAAGUAGUACUCAUACAGGUGUUGUUGAGUAUUAUAAUGGUAAUACGUUUAUUUCUUAUGAUACUCAUCAUAAUAGGGAAAGUCCACCUCAGUUGAUUCCGAAUUUGGUUGUUCAAGGUGCUGGAUCAUCGUUAAUUCGAUUAGUCCAUGAUGCAAGCAAAGGGAAGCUUGAGAGGAAAUAGGAAGAAUGAAAAGAAGUAUUUGUUGGGUUGUUGUUGUUGAAGCAGUUGUAGGGUAAUGGUCGAAAUAUAAUUAUUGGUAAAUUUGAAGGAAGAUUUUGAUGAGGAAAGAAGGAUGAUGAAGGACUUGGCGUUAAUGCUGAUCUCUAGCUCUUGGUAGUUUUCUUUUGAAGCUAAGGAAUGUGGAAGAGAGCUGGAGCCCUAAUUUUCUACCCAUUUACAUGAUAUUUUUCAAUAUUUCCAAACUUAUUCUAUGACAUUUAUUGUAUAGUAGAAUUGUACAAAAGGCAUUAGCUCCUUUUAGUUGCUGAUAAGUAUUUUCAUUCCAAAAUUAAUGAUGGUAUAAAUUUUACUAACAAUU